GAGAUGGGUGACCAACGUGCCCUAACCAAUGCUGACGACAUCAUGUCACGUCUAGAAGGGGCGUGGCAUCUUCAACAAGCAUCACAUCAUAACUUGGCCAACCAAUACGAUACAAUCGUCAAUAAACUCAGGAACUUCGCUCGCGACAGUGGGUUCGACCACGACAUCGCCUCAGCCGACGACGUCAUGAUGAUCAUAACCAACAUUGAUCAAAGAUGGCGCCAGACACAUAAUAAACUAACGGAGGUAUCCGGAGCUUUGGAUUCAAAUAACGCAAGAAUCAAGGAGCUUGCAGCCUUCCUUGGUAUGGAAAUGCCUGUCAUCAUGCCCAAUGUAUUCGAUGACGUCAUGGACAAAUGGAAAGAACAGCAUUCCAAAUUCAUUGACCUACAGAAGGCGGUUCUCGAUAGCCAGGAAGAAAGUCGGCAGAAAACCAAAACUUUGCAGAGCAUCGCAAAGCUGAUGUCAGUGGUUGGUCCACAAAAGCAGGACGCCCUCUUGGACAGCAUCCAAGGAAUCUGGAACGGCAGCCAAAAGAAGAUCUCUGACCUCCAGCAUGAGAUCUUCCAACAGAAGGAGCAGAUCCAAAGAUCUCAAGAACAGCUCCAGAACUUGGCCCAGACCCUUGGAGUAGGACCAUCCUCAGAGGGGGAAAACAUCCUUGAUGCGAUCUCAGGGAAAUGGAAAGAGAUGAAAUCUCUAAUUUCUCUUCUCAGAUCAUCCCUUCUCGCGGAGAGAGAUCGAAACGCCAAUGCUAAGGAGACCUUACAGGGCCUGGCAGAUUUCAUGGGUGUAGAAACGUCUGGUGAUGAGUCUACAAUUGCUGAAGGUAUGAUGGACAAAUGGAUGGAGAGUAGAAGAGAGGUCAUUGAACUUCGAGAAGCCUUGGUGGAGGAGAAGAAGAAGACCGAAAUGGCUGAAGAUGCUCUCAUAGAUCAUCUGACCCGUCCUGGUCCAGACCUUGCCUCAGUAGCCACUCAGACCAACGACCACCAGGCCGAAUCCGAGGGUCAUCUCCUUCACAAGGCAGUCCAAACAGAUCGGGACCCUGUGUUCCUCCCCAAGGACGAGCAAGAGGUACAACCAGUCCAGGUAGAUGUUUCUUCUGGCAUUUCCUAUCGAAGCAAUAACUUCUCCUUUUCUGCAUCCCGGGAUCUUGUUCAUUGUGGUCCUCGCUGCAGUAGCCUCAAAACCCUCAGUACACAGGAUGCUUUCCGACCACCAAGUAAGACAUCCCUGCUCCAAGGCACUUCUGCAAUUGCCAGUGUUUUGAGCCGUUUGGAUCGACCAUCAAAAAGCGGGACCUUAGUCUCCCAGAUGUCCGACCUCGUUCCAUGGGAAGAGUCGAGAUGCACGAUUGAACUCGGCAGAGGAGCGACUGGAUCCGUGUACCUCUUUCGCCACGCAGUGUCUAACAUCCCCGUUGCUGCCAAGGUCGUUGAAUAUGCAGGAGAAUGCUUUAGGAACGAGGUCAGAAUUCACCAAGCAAUCAGUGGUCUUCCGUGGUUUCCAAGAUUCUACGGAAGUUUUGACAUUGAUGACGAUCAGGCAGUUCUGGCCAUGGAGUUCAUUGGAGAUGAUUCUGAAGACCGAAGCUACUCCCUCACUGACUGCCUUGAUAGGUCCAUGUUGAAGUCAGGACCAGAUCUCACCAGAGAACAGUGGUUUGACGUCCUCAACGAUGUUGCAAAAGGGUUGAAAUCGCUACAUUCCAAGGGAUUUCUCUCUAACGAUAUCAAGGAAGACAAUGUCUUGGUUGUCGAGGAGUCGGGUGUCUGGCGAGCCAAGAUCAUCGACCUGGGGUGGGCUUCUGAAAUCUCUACUCCUUUCGUAAUGGAUCUGGAUGAAGACCAAAUCGAUUUCUACCAGAGUGGUAGAGGGUGUGGCCAUAUUGCCCCCGAAUGUGUCCUGGACAACAGGCCCUGCUCAACAUCCAGCGACGUUUACUCCCUAGGAAAGUUGAUAGCAUCCAUUGGUCGAAAAAUGAGGUACGAUGAUUUCGAAUGUAUUGGCAACCAAAUCUGCAUGGCUGAUGAAGAACAUAGGCCAACGGUUCAAGAAAUCAUCGACCAGUUUUACGCAAUUCAGUUGAUGGAAGGAGGGGAGGAUGACCCAGGGUCAUCUUCCUGUUAA